AUGCUCUGUACGACCCUUGCUCUGCUUUUUUCCAUUACAAUUGCCCAGGCGUCGCCGCCGCGCCCUCGGAACGCUACGGCAAACGCAUGCGAGCAAAUUGCGGGCACCAUCUCUGGUGCUUCGGCAGUCUAUUUCCCAAACACGAGCAACUACACAAACGACAUUGAGCACUGGGCAACAUCGAGUGUACUGAAUGCGACGUGUUCUGUGGAACCCGGAACAGUCGAGGACGUGGCUGUCAUUAUUAAGGUUAUUGGUUCGACCAAGACACCCUUCGCCAUCAAGGGUGGGGGUCAUGCUACCAACCAGGGUUUCUCGUCCACCACUGGUGUCCAGAUCGCCAUGUCACGCUUCAAGGACAUCAAGUUGAGUGAUGACAAGGCGACUGUCGACGUUGGUGCCGGUUGCAUCUGGGAUGAGGUGUACCUUGCGCUGAACGGUACCGGUGUCAAUGCGCCUGGUGGUCGUGUGCCCGGAGUUGGAGUGGCUGGUUUCACCUUGGGUGGUGGCUAUACGUUUCAGUCAAGUCAGUAUGGCCCGGCAAUCGACAACAUUGCAUCUUACGAACUUGUACUUCCGAACGGAACCAUCACUACGGUCCUUCCGGGCGACGAUCUCUUCUUUGCCCUGCGAGGCGCUUUCAACAACUACGGCAUCGUGACCAAGUUCACCUUUGUUACACACCCGCAGACUGACGUCUACGGAGGUCUGAUCCAGAUUGCUGGAGAGUACUUCGACGAUCUUACGAAGGCCAUUGCGGCGUUUGCCGUAAACAAUACGGACACCAAGGCCUCAAUACUCCCCGCAUAUCUAUACAGCAAUGGGACAUCGUACUCGAUCAUCACCGUCUUCUACGACUCUCCCUCGCCGCCAGACAAUGCGUUCUUUGGCCUGCUGGACAUCCCACGCACUUCUUCGGACAUCAGUGCUCGCUCGUAUUACGAUGUACUCGAGGCGCAGCUCCCUAUCGCUCCGAUAUCUCCAGAUGUCACGGCCAAGUUUGCCAGCGUCAAUGUGCUCCAAUACACGCCGACCCUACUCGAGACCUUCCGGAACCUCUCGAUUUCGUACGGUCAAUCUCUCGCGCAGUACGACCCGACGUUCCUCACUGCCUUCUACGUCGAGCCGUUUGACGACACCCUAUACAUGCAUGGGACGGACUCGGCAUAUCCUCCCGACCGUUCAAGGCCGCUUCGUCCUACGAACGUCUUCUUCUCGUUCGCGAACUCGUCGCUCUACGACUUCAUGCACGCGCAGCAGAAUGACGCCACAAAUGCGAUCCGCGCGGCUGCCGAUACAGAAGGCCAGAACAUCACAAACGCGUUUCAAUACUCGAACUAUGCUUUGGAGGAGGUGACCGCCGAGCAACUCUUCGGCGAUAAUGUGCCUCGCCUUGAGGCCAUUCAGGCUGCUGUUGACCCCGAGGGUGUGAUGAAGUUGACCGGCGGCUACAAAGUUUAA